AUGUUUCGACUAAUCAGUAAUGACCACUUCCGGGCGACGAUUUAUAAUGACGGAACGAUAAAAUGGAACCCAGGAGGUCUGUUAAAGGUCAAAUGUCCACCGGAUAUAGGAAAGUUUACAUUCGACUCACAGACGUGUACCAUUGACCUUACACCCUGGGGUUACGAUGAUACCGAUCGCGAGGUUCCGCUGGCCGCUACGAACUCGUACAUAGACUUAAGUUUCUACGACAAGAGUGUUGUAUACAACAUUGAUUCAACUUCCGGCGAGGCGUCAACACAAGGGUUCCUUAGCUUCGUCCAGUUCAAACUGACGUUCUCCACAUUUCCAUUCUACCAAGUGAUCAUUACAAUAUGUCCGGUUAUCUUUAAUCUGCUGCUGAAUCCGCUGGUCUUCCUCCUACCAUCGGCUUCCGGCAAGCGGGCCAGCUACAGUCUGACCGUCCUGUUCUCGUUUACAGUGUUUCUGACAUCAUGA